AUGGCUCUGGUCCAAACCUUAGCGUCACAAAUACCCAACAUCAAGUUCAGGCAUCUAUGUAGAAAAGAUCUCAGGCAUGCCGAUUCCUUAGCAUACAUAUCAUCUAUGAUGAAGGACGCAAGCAUCCAAGCCAUCAAGAUAACAAGAGUGUACGAGCCUUCGAUCAUUCCACAAAAAUCCUUCGCUACACAUCGUGAAGACGAUGUAGGGGAAGACAUUGUUGACGAUGAUGUAAGAGAAGAUAUUGCCGAUGACUUCGGCGAAGAUGCUAUCUUGUCUAGAGCAAAUGAGGACGAAGACUUCAGCAAUGAAGAAGACUGGAGAACCGAAGUUCAUCUCUUCCUUGAACAAGGAACGCUCCCCACCGAUUUGAAGCAGGCUUGGAAGGUACAAUGGAAGGCGGGGAGAUACGACCUUCGGGACGGCAUUCUCUACAAUAAGUCAUUCCUCGGUCCCCUAUUACGUUGCCUUUCCAGAGAAGAAGGCCAUUGUAUCUUGAAGGACAUACAUUAUGGGGACGCAGGCAACCACAUCAGAAUGAGAUCAUUAGCCGAUAAAACCAAAAUACAAGGAUAUUACUGGCCGCAGAUGAUACGAGACGCAGCCAGGAUGUCAAGAAGGUUCGGUAUCCCCGCAGAAAUUGUCUCUGACAAUGGCAAACAACUACAAGGAAAGAAUAUAGACAUGCUCUUUGAUACCUUCAAGAUCAGUAAGAACAAAUCGACUCCCAUCCACCCCCAAAGCAACGGCCAGGCCGAAGCCACGAACAAGACUCUGGCUCUUAUCCUCAAGAAAUCAUUGGAUGAACAUAAGGGAUAA